UCAAAUUUUAAAAAUACACGAGUGGUGCGGCGUUAGAAACAGAUACAACUACAGGAGAAAAACCGGAGAGAUUCACCAUCAUAACAAGUGAGUAUUGGAUACAACUACAAGAGAAAUACCGGAGAGAUUCACCAUCAGAAGAAAUACCGGAUUGAUUCACCAUCAUAAGAAGUGAGUAUCGGCAAUUGAUACCGAGAAUAAAGCGACACCUGCUGGGAUGUUUCUGAACGGCUAUAAAAGUGCAUCUUCACCGGCUGUGAUGGGAACCGUGUCCACGGCAGUGGGCUCACAGCGGACUCCCACAGCUAAGCCGUUAAAGAACACUCAUCGUCACCAUAAAAUCCCAAGGUGUGCCCAAAGGACCAUUCAGAAAAGAAAGCGCUUGUUCUCGGGGCAGGCUGCAAACCCUUCGGAGCAUCAGGGGUGUAAGGAGACAGACCAGCCCAGUAACCUGGCAGAUACAACCGAGCCUCUGCAGAAGAGACCAAGAACAGAGAGAAGUCCAGAGGAACCUGCUAACCAACCUAUUAUACGUCUUUCCAAAUCACAUUGGACGAAGGUGUAUUUGGAAGGAGAACUGCUGGGUGCAGGAGGAUUUGGUUGUGUGUUUGCUGGGAUACGGAAAGAAGACGGAUUGCCAGUUGCAAUCAAGUUUGUCUCCAAGACAAUGCCCUAUGAAAAACUGCAGCUUACAGGAUAUGGAUGGCUCCCCACUGAGAUAGCGCUGAUGGUCCUUGCAAACUUCAAACCUUGCUCAAGAAUCCUCAAGAUUCUGGACUGGUUCGAAGAGCCAAAACACUAUGUUGUCAUUCUGGAACGGCCUGAACCAUGUCUGGACCUCCAUGAAUUCUCCAGCAAGCAAGGUGGAUGUUUGACUGAGGUCGUGGCUCGCCAUGUGAUGUUUCAGCUGAUGGAGGCGCUGACACAUUGUAAGAGCCAGGGGAUACUGCACCGUGAUGUCAAGCCAGAAAACAUCCUUAUUCAGACAGGCACAUGGCAGGUCAAGCUGUUUGACUUCGGUUGCGGAGACCUCGUCAAAGACUAUUACAAUGACUUCGCAGGUGUCUGAUUUGAGACCAUGAGUUCUUGGUGGCAGCAAGUACUGUGACUCUUUUUCUAAAUCUAAAGUAUCUUUGUUAACAGGCACAUCUGAAUAUGCCCCUCCUGAGUGGUUCAUCCAGGGGCAGUAUCGGGCAGACCCAGCUACCGUCUGGUCUGUGGGAGUGACACUGUACAGGCUGGUGUGUGGCUGUCUGCCUUUCAGGACCACUGAGGAAACAAAAAUUGGCUAUUUGUUCUUCCCUGAAAGUCUGUCUCAAGGCAAGAAAGUAGAAAGACUGAUAAGCUAUGGACUAAUUAAUAGCAGACUGAACUAUACCUUAUACACAGACUUGAGCAGAGAAAGAAGUGUUCAUUUAUUUUAAUGUAUUAUAUUUUAUGACUAUGUAUUAAUUAGUCAAUAUGAUAAAAUUGACAGGAAAUGUGUAGAGUUACAAGUGUGAGGAAUUUCUAAUGUACUCUACAGCAUUUUCUUUAAUGGAUUAUUUAUAAUAAAGCAGGUUCUUUACGGGGUUAAGUAUUAGAUUCUUCUUUCUAUGUCUUAUUGAUUCAUGUACCUGGGUAUUGUGUAACAGAGUGCAGCGAUCUGAUCCGUUGGUGUCUGAGACCCAAUGAAGAAGACAGACCCAGCCUGGAGGAAAUAGAGUUUCACCAAUGGUUUUACUAACCAGAUUUCUGAAGGGCCAGUGUACAGGAGACAGGGACCACUGCACUAACCUCCUCUUAAAAAAUUGUAAUAUAUCUGAACUUUUGUUAAGAAUUGUACAGAACUUUUGUACAGAAUUUCUAAUUAAUUAUAUAACUGUAAAUACAUCUGUAUAUAAUUAGUUUUUUAAUUUUUCAUUAUCUCAUUAUUUUUGUGCUUUUUUUAAUAAAAGAAUAUUUUUUGUUAUCAUGGAUAAGUGUGUAGGAAGGUCAGGGCAAAAUGAGAGCAUUACUAUUGCUUCCGUAAGAAAUGACUUGAUAUGUCACUCCCAAAUAUUUGUUAGAAACAGCAAAAAUGAAAAAUAAAAACAAACAUGACAUGAUUGCUGGUGGUGCACAGUAUAUAAUUAGCUUGUUUCUUUUCCUGUUACUUUAGCUUUCUUUGCAGAGCAGACAAUCCUGCACACUAACAAAGAUUUCCCAACCAAUCCUUCCUCCACAAUUUCUUCAGUUCACAUAAAGGAUUUCUUUCUAUUUAAAACAUUUUUUAUGAAAGAAAUUUUUCAUCUAUUUUUCAUCUAUUAACCAUCUAACUGUACAGGGGUAAUUACUUUCCAACAUUCAUUAUCAUGGCUGUGAUUGGCAUAAUGCACCAGAAUUUUUAUAAAGAAAUGUUCAUCUGAGA